AUGAUCCUGCUGACUCCCUCCUCCGGCUUUUUACAGUGCACCAAUAAGCUUUUCCUGAAUGAAAAGGCCACCUGGGUGCAGUUUAAAGAGUUUGCUCGUAAAAAUGCGGCCAACGCCUUGUCUGUGGCUAACAUGGUUAUGGGGAUGGCCUCAAUACUCUGCAGCCUGAACGGCCACCAGUAUGCAGCCUGCUGGCUGGUUCUAAUUGGUUACCUGCUGGAUUUGGCAGAUGGAGCAGUUGCUAGGCGACUGGAUGCAUGCUCUGCUCUUGGUGCCAAACUUGAUGAUUUUGCUGAUUUCACAACAUUUGGAAUUGCAACAUCACUGCUGCUAAGGACUCCAUCCCUGCUGGACAACAUUCUCUGCAUGUGUUAUGUCCUAUCAGUGUUUGUUCGUCUCUGCUUCUUUUCCAGUGGCAUUCCAUUCAUGUAUCGUGGUUUGCCCUGCAUCUACUCGUCUGCCAUUCUAGCCUGCGUCUCUCUGCUGUCAGGAGGGAACAUGGCAGUACUGAGGGUUACUGCUGUGGCCAUGAUUCUGUUCAUGGUAAGCCAAAGUUUCUACCCCCAUGACCGCGUGUUGGAGAGCCAGGCCUGGAAGAAGGCUGUCUACGCUGGAGGAAUCAUCAUGGUUUUCUGUUCCUCAUUCCCUCCUGCAUGUGUGUACUACUUGCUGUGGUCAGUAUCCUACACUUUGUUUCCUACAGCCUUGUGGAGUCGUAAAGUAUAAGAUCCUCUUGUGGCCUUUAUUCGAAACACUGACUCUCUCGGCCUGAGAGAGGGCUGUCCGGCCGCA